AUGGGGGAUCAAGAAUCUUCUUCUUCUCUCCUGCCCUCCUCCACCAAUCUCGCCGGCACAAAUGCCGCCAAACCCAUCAUCCCUGCACCCCUCAAAUUUCUUAUUUCUAAUAUCAAGACACUUCUUCCCCACCCGCUUACCCCAGACAAUUAUGCAAUUUGGAGGAUUGAAAUACUCCAACAAUUUAUGGCCACCGGCUACGUUGGACACCUCAACGGCACUAUCCAGCCACCGCAAGACCCAACCUCUCCGGCUCAUGGCACUUGGAUGCUCAUCGACAGCACACUGAUCUCCGCGUUGUUCUCGACAAUCUCCCCUACCAUACUAUCGUAUGUCAUAACGGCAUCCACCGCGAAGGACGUAUGGACGACUCUUGAACGCAGCCUACAACCCGCAAGCUGUUCGCGAGUUAUUCAACUCAAGAACGAGCUCCACCACAUACAAAUGAAGAAUUUAUCAAUGCAGCAAUAUCUUACCCAAGUUAAGACCAUAGUCGAUAACAUCGUCGCCUCCGGAUCUCAGAUUGACCCCGAGGACAUCAUUCUUUACAUACUCAACGGUCUUCCGGCGUCUUACAAUUCUUUCAAGACUUCAAUUCGCACUUCCCCACUACUGGCCGACCUCGACUCUCUCUACUCGCUCCUCUGCAGCGAAGAAAUACAUGUGAACCAAGAUCCAUCAAAGAAACUGAUACAGACCACUCGGCCCUAUAUGCAACUUCCUACAAUCAUAACAGAGGACAGGCACAACGUCGCCCUCCCAAGAUCACCAAGAACCACAGCUCAACUCAGAACUAUCAGGUCCCAAAUCCCAAUCCCGCAAGCAACACAAGAAACCAACGCCCAACCUGCCAAAUCUGCGGAAAGAUCGGUCAUCUAG